AUGGCUUCAGUUUCCCAUUAUUUCCUGCUAGUUCUGGUCUUUCUGGAUUCACAUGCAGCUCAGCCGCCCUGUCUGCCAGGAUGUACCUGCUCAGAGGACAGUUUCAGCAGGGCUCUGCAGUGCAUAUCUAUCUCUUUAGGAAAGAUCCCAAGGAACCAUCCUGAACAGUUAAAGUUGUUGAGAAUUGAAAAUUCACCCUUAUUUGAACUGCCUCGAGGGUCCUUCAUCAACAUGAGCACAUUGGAAUACCUUUGGCUUAAUUUUAAUAACAUCUCUGUGGUACACCCGGGAGCCCUAGAGCACCUGUCAGAACUGAAAGAGCUGAGACUGGAGGGGAACAAACUCCGUUCAGUACCAUGGACAGCAUUCCAAGCCACACCUCUCCUGAGGGUCUUGGAUCUCAAACACAACAGGAUUGAUGUGCUCCCUGAGCUAGCCCUUCAGUUCUUGAUCAACCUGACCUACCUUGACCUAUCCUCCAAUAGGCUUACAGUUGUAUCUAAGAGUGUCUUCUUGAACUGGCUAGUCUAUCAGAAACACCCGCAGCCUGGCUGUGGAGCCAAGGUUCUCUCCAGCAUGGUGCUAGCACUGCACAACAACCCCUGGGUAUGUGACUGUCGCUUGAGGGGACUUGUUCAGUUUGUAAAGUCCAUCAACAUCCCGGUCAUCCUGGCGAAUUCCUACCUGAUGUGCCAACGCCCUCUCUCCAAGGCAGGGCAACUUUUUCAUGAAACUGAGCUCAGUGCUUGCAUGAAGCCACAGGUCUCAACCCCCAGUGCCAGUGUCACCAUCCAGAUGGGACAGAAUGUGACCCUGAGAUGCCAGGCACGGGCCAGCCCUUCACCAACCAUUGUGUGGACUUACCCCCUGAGCAUGUGGCGGGAAUUCAAUGUGUUGACUUCAUCUACUGCAGAAGACACUGCUCUGUCGGAACUGAUCAUACCUGCUGCCCAUCUGGUAGACAGAGGCAAUUACACCUGUGUGGCCUCCAACUUCCUGGGUAGGAGCACCCUUGUCAUCUCCCUCUACGUCCAGCCCGCCCAGGCCCUGCCUCCCUCUUUCCCUUCACAGGACAAUGCCUAUGUUGACCUGCGGGUCGUCAGGCAGACGGUACAUGGGAUUUUGCUGGAGUGGUUGGCAGUGGCAGAUGCCCCUGAGGAGAAAUGGUUCACCCUCUACCUUACAUCAGAUGAAACGCUCAGGAAGGAAGUGGUGCACCUUGGCCCCGGAAUCAACAUGUACGCUGUGGAGGACCUCCUUCCUGGAACGAAAUAUGAGGCAUGCCUCAGCCUGGAGGGCCAGCCCGCACACCGGGGCCGGUGUGUGGUCUUUGUGACGGGCAGAGACCACCACGAGCUGGAGGGCCGGGAGCGCCUGCUGCAUGUCGCAGUGGUCCUGUGUGUGGUGCUGCUUGUGGUGCCCGUGGGUGCCUAUGUCUGGGCAGCCCAGGCUCCCUGCAGCUGUGGGGAAUGGACGCUGCCCUGCUGUCCUCAGCGCAGGAAGGCCCCCAGGUGCCCGCGUGCGGCGCCACAGCAGUGGGACUCCUCCUGCAGAGAACCCAUAGCAGUCUGUGAGGAUGGUCUGGGCCCCAGAGAGGCUGAAGGGCAUGAGGAGAAAGACAGAGAGGAAGACUGGGGCUGA